AUAAAACAAACACAAUUUUCAUAUCGCACGGAUAGUGUCUACAUAUAUCAAUCGUAUUGAUUUCCGAUUACGCAAUCAUAUAUCGCGCGGCGCGAUUUUAGAAUUAAUUAAGACCUACGAUUAAUUGAUUACUGGUCACUCCGAUUCAUCGAUCGUGCUGUGAUAGUCAUUUUGCAGUUUUGACACGUAAUAUUUAAGUAAAAUUUUACAAAAUGUCCACAAAAAUAACACAAAUUUUAACACAUUUAGUCAAGUUAUAGUAUAGAUCACACACAUACGUAAUACUCUUUCUUCAAGCGAGAUAAAUUGUAAAAGUUUGACUGUAUAAAAUUGAGAAAAACUCACGAUUUUCUGUGUGUAAUGUGUGUCAAGAAAGCAAACAAGAUGGAUGAGAAUAAUAAUGAAUCAAUUUCAAAUACGACUAGUGAUAAAAAAAAUAAUAAUAAUAAUAAGCUAUUUUCCAAUAUGUCUGUUGGUUCGACUGUUGAAGAUAGUAUGACUGAGAAAUCAGAUUUUGAUUUGUUGAGCACACCUUCGGUAACAUCUGCUUUUACAAAUAAAAAAUAUUCUCCAUCAUCGGCAUCAAUAUCUGUAGAACACCGUUAUCAAUUGGUCGGCAAUAUCAACGUCGUCAAACAAUUGGAAGUCAAUCAAGAUGUGCUUUGCAUCUGUUACACGGAAACAUUUGACUUCUUGGUAGCAGGAUUAUCGGAUGGAACAUUAAGAUUCUACGAAGGUAACUCGAGAGAACACACAAUGACUUUAUGCGACAUGGAAAUAAUGCAAAAUCCGGCUCCGGUCACAGCUGUUAAGCAUCGACCGGCGCGCAAAACGCAUCCGAUCACGUGGACUGUAACGACAACUUAUGCCAAUGGUUGUGUCAAAUGUUGGCAUUAUCCAACUGAGCAAUGCAUUUACACGAUACGAGAAAACCGACAAGUGCUUGGUUUAGCUUUUCAUCCUGCGAUACCAAAAUUUGUCACCGUUGGAGAUGACGCGAACUUAUAUUUAUACGAUGAAGAAACAAAAACACGGGAAAGAGUAUUUCACGGAAGCGAGUCACCGGAUGUCAUGGACGGCCACACAUCCCGAGUCUUCGGGAUUUGCUUCAAUCCCAAAUCCGCGCACGAGCUGAUAAGCGCCGGUUGGGACGACACCGUUCAGUUCUGGGAUACCAGACAAGCUCACUCCCUUCGUUACAUAUCGGGUGUACACAUGUGCGGAGAUGGUCUAGAUAUCAGUAGAAACGGCAAAGAGAUUCUUACCUGUUCCUGGCAGAAGGAUAAUCCUAUGCAGUUGUGGGACUACGGCAGCGGCAAAUUGAUCGCCAACUUGGAACCCGACACCUAUCACUCAUUAUUAUAUGCUGGAAAAUAUGUGACGAAUUCGCACGUGGCAUGCGGUGGCUGCGACACCGAUCUUUUCAGGGUCGUCGAUAUGCGAGUUUAUUCCACUAUAGCUAUGAUCCGAAACCUCAAAGGCGGUGUAUAUAGCUUGGACGUCGGUCCAUUUGAAUCAAAAAAUAUUAAAAAAACUAGAAGAAGUGUCCCGAGGCUUGCAUUUUGCGCGGGAACAAGAAUUUUUGAAGUAGACAUUCCACCUUUUGACUGAAUAUUUGCAGUUUCAAAAUUUGAUUUGCAAUAUCUCGUCUCGGUAACAUUGAAUUUGAAAAAAAAAAAAUAUUUAAUGAAUAGUACCGCAGUUUUUUGACACCACUAUAAAGAUUUCUGUUUGAUGAUUGUGGCAAACGCGAGAAUUGUCUAUACGUACUGAAGUAAUCAAUAUACGUAGUAAUAAUAUAACGACCUUCUCAAGCAAUAAACAAUGUAUUUAUUUAAUACAAACUAUAGUACAAAAUUUAUACAGAACAACAUACGGUUUUAUCAUCAUUUCUCAUAUGACAGCAAGUUCUCGUAUCGAGUGAACGCACACACUUAAGCAAGACGAGGGUUAAAAAACGAGGGGAGGGAGAUACGAACCGAACUUUCGAAAGGAGUAAGGAAGAUAGGGAAAAUCACUAAGACUGAGCACAUCGAUUUGUGACAAUACGAACUUACUUUGACACGAGCAAAUCCAUCGGUUGGCAAGCGACUCGAUGUAGAAAAAGAUCGCGCGCAAACACGUUGAGAGAAAGAGAGAGAGAGAGAGAGAGAGAGAGAGCGGAAAGCGCAUCGGUUUAAUUUGCUCGCAAAUUAUCGAGGAGAGACGGCAUGUCCUUCUCGUUUCUCCGUAUCGAGAUUUUGCGCGUUUUGCGAUUCUCCUCGCAAAAUCUUCGCGUUGCGCAGUUCAAAACACAAAAGGACAUGUCGUCGUCUUCUUCGAUCGCGAGAUAUCCGCAGAGACAAAUCUUUCUGAAUCGCGCAUCCAAUUGGACUUAACUGCGUAAGGAGACAAUAGUUUAAUCUCUAAGUGCGAUCCAACGAACUAUUCGAGGAAAAAAACUACUGAAUGUUCCAGCACAUCUUUCGCUCGUAUCUAAAAAUCUAAACAAUCAACAAGCCUAAUUUGGUUUUUGCGAAACUUGGUUGUAGUAAAAUAUAUUUAUACACGAUAAUCGCGACGUGCGCGCGCGCUCUGCGAAGCGUCAUUCUUUUUAGCGCAACGCGGUCGCAUUCAUCAAGAAUACAUCAGAGUAUAAAAUUGGUCGUCAAUGCGCGAUAAAUCCCGGAAUUUGUUGUUUUUUUUUUUUAUUUUUUCUAUUUUUUUUUAUAUCUUUGUCUAAACUAAAUUCUGCGAUGCGAUAGAAACGCGAUUGUGAUUUACGAAAGUAAAGAAUGACAGAGUCCGUGAUAUGUUUAAAAAAAUAUUCACACUCAGAUGCAAUGUUUCUGGACGAUCAGUAGUAAAGUACAGUACCUGCAUGCAACCCGUGAUACCGAUCCGCUGUUUUCCUCCACGUUUUUUUUUUUUUUUUGUUUUUUUUUGUUUUUUAAUUAUUUUAUUGUACUUUUUUUCGACUCAACGGGAGUUGACAGCAAACUUCUUGAUGCACUAUCAUUGCCGCAUCGUCAGUUAUUGAAAAGCGUUACGCAAUCAACCGACCUUGAAUUAAGAUAUUCGAAAUAAUCUAUACAAUAGUAGAGAGUACAAAAAAGAGCAGAUUAAUAAUAAUUGAUGAACCGGAGAGAAAAAGAGAGAGGUACCCAAUUCUCGAGGAAAUAAAUUUUGUAAAUUUUAAUUCGAGAUUUUUAUAAAUCACAAAUAAAUUCCAUGAUUAAAAAAACUUAAUCUACAAUAAGUAGAUUGCAACAUUCGAUGAAAAACCUGUCGAAUCGGAAUCGAAUUCUUCCUAGUAAGAAACAUUUUUUAUUGCAACGCAUACUUUUGAGUAAAAGAUAAUAUGUAAGUAUCUUACAACACACACACACGACCUUUCGAGCAAAUUUUGUAUAACUCUGUGCAUUUGUAAAGAUAAUUGUACCCCGACGAUUGUACAGCACAGACGCGUUUAGAGAUAUCGACUAAAUAUUUUCUGGAUAUUGCAAUAUCCAAUAAAAUGUUUAUGAGACAUUCGUGGAAUAUCUUGUAUGCUGUCGGUGAGAAAAAAAAGAAAGAAAAAAAAACAAGAAAAAAAGAUCGGUAAAAAUGGAAACUUUUCUUAGGAAACGGAUUCAGAAAUUUGUGAAUUUCGGUACCUUCUUUUUUUCGAUCGCGCUCCUACUUUUGACGAAAAGAAAAAACAAAACAAAACAAAAAAAACUAUCGCUUAACAAAAAACACUUCGCUACGUCAUAUUCUCGCAUACAUGUGCAUAUCACUCUAAUCACAUUAUCACCUAUAAAUUACUAAUAGUGUGACUUAAUAUUACAUUUAUCUCGAGGUCUCGUCGUAUUAAACUUCUGUUACGUACACGCUACGACAAAAUCGACAAGAUCGUUCACGCAGAUUGGGGAAAAUUGAUCAUCUCGCAAGUAUAACGUACAAAACGAAAAAAAAAAAAAAAAAA